CCAGGGGCGGAGCCACGGCCCGGGACUGGCCUAAGCCGCCGCAGGACACCAUGAAGCAGCUGCCAGUCUUGGAGCCUGGAGACAAGCCCAGGAAAGCAACAUGGUACACCUUGACCCCCGCUGGAGACAGCCCAUGUGCUCGGGUUGGCCACAGCUGCUUGUAUUUACCCCCAGCUGGUGAUGCCAAGAGAGGGAAGGUCUUCAUUGUUGGGGGAGCAGAUCCAAACAGGAGCUUCUCAGAUGUGCACACCAUGGAUCUGGGAACACACCAGUGGAAUUUAGCCACGUCCGAGGGCCUCUUGCCCCGGUAUGAGCAUGCCAGCUUCGUUCCCUCUUGCACACCUCACAGCAUCUGGGUGUUUGGAGGUGCCAACCAGUCAGGAAAUCGGAAUUGCCUACAAGUUCUGAAUCCUGAAACCAGGAUCUGGACUACGCCAGAGGUGACCAGCCCUCCACCUUCCCCGAGAACAUUCCACACAUCGUCGGCAGUCAUUGGAAACCAGCUGUAUGUCUUUGGGGGUGGGGAGAGAGGCGCCCAGCCCGUGCAGGAUGUGAAGCUUCACGUGUUUGAUGCAGACAGUCUGAUGUGGUCACAGCCAGAGACACUUGGAAAACCUCCAUCUCCCCGGCAUGGUCACGUGAUGGUAGCAGCAGGGACAAAGCUCUUCAUCCAUGGAGGCUUGGCAGGGGACACAUUCUAUGAUGAUCUUCAUUGCAUUGAUAUCAGUGACAUGAAGUGGCAGAAACUAAGUCCCACUGGGACAGCUCCCCCAGGCUGUGCUGCCCACUCAGCUGUGGCUGUCGGGAAACACCUGUACAUUUUCGGAGGGAUGACUCCCACAGGAGCACUGGACACAAUGUACCAAUAUCACAUAGAAAAGCAGCAUUGGACCUUACUUAAAUUUGAUACUUUUCUACCCCCUGGACGAUUGGACCAUUCCAUGUGUAUCAUUCCAUGGCCAGUGAUGUGCACUUCUGAGGAAGAAGAUUCAAAUCCUGUCGCUCUAAACUGUCAAUCUGAGAAAGGGGAUUCCACUGACAAAGGAGUGACCCAAGGUGGUGACUCACAUGAGAAAAGUCAGACUGACUCACUGCUCUGCUUUGUGUUCGGUGGGAUGAAUACAGAAGGGGAAGUCUAUGAUGAUUGUAUCGUGACUGUAGUUGACUAAUAAAA